UGGGACCUGGUGGGAUCUGAUGGGACCUGGUGGGCUGCAGUGGGGCCCAGUUGGAUCUGUUGGGAUCCGGUGGGAUCCAAUGGGAGCCGCUCUCUGCGCACAGGCAGCAACAUGCUGAUGGUGGGGGUGCACGGCCCGAAGACGCCGUGCGAGGAGGUGUACGUGAAACACGUGGGGAACCGGCUGUACAACGUCACCUACACCGUGAAGGAGAAGGGAGAAUACGUCCUCAUCCUGCGCUGGGGCGACGACAGCGUCCCGGGGAGCCCCUUCAGGGUCACCGUGCCAUGAGGGCGUUUGGGGUGAAAAAAAGGGCAGAAUUGGGCAAAAAGAGCAACAAGAGUGAGAAUAAAAACACUG